AUGGAAGGGAAACACAUCUUGUUUUGGGCUGCUGCUGUUGGCUUCCUGCCUGUCUUGGUCAUAAGAGCAAAACCACAUGUUAGCAUCCCAUAUAAGAUACUCUUCACUGAUUCAGCAAAAGUCCAAGAAGAAAUUGUUUCUGUACAUAAUAACUUCAGGAGAAAAGUAAUUCCACAAGCCAGCAACAUGUUGAAGAUGAAUUGGAGUAAACAUGCUGCACUAAAUGCCAAAAAUUUGACAUCGCAGUGUGAUCCAACAGAGAGCAACCCACUUGAGAGACGAAUUACAAAUGGCUUUUGUGGAGAAAAUUUGCAAUGGACAUCGUAUCCUAUCUCAUGGUCAGAUGUAAUUGGAAUCUGGUAUAAUGAGUCUAAAUACUUCACAUUUGGGGUAUGGCUCCCAAAAGAUGAAGUGACUGAUCAUUAUACUCAGGUUGUUUGGGCCACUUCUUAUCUCAUUGGCUGUUGUUUUUCAUUAUGCUCCAGAAAGAGGACAAAUUACUAUUUCUACAUGUGUCACUAUUGCCAUGAGGGAAAUGACCCUAACACAAUAAUUACACCUUAUAACAUGGGAAUCCCAUGUGGAGACUGUCCAGAUUCCUGUGAAGAUAAACUUUGUACUAACCCUUGCCCCUAUGCGGACGAAGUCAUUAACUGUAAGGAACAAAUAAAAACCCUUGGAUGUAAGCACAAGUCAAUUGAACUACUCUGCAAAGCUAGUUGUCUGUGUAAGACUGAGGUAAAAUAA